AUGAAUGAAGAUCAGGUGAAUUACAUAAUCCAGGGAUGGGUAAGUCAGCUAUACUCAUCUACAAUACUUCAAUCAAGAUGAAGAAUCACUCUCAUUAUCACUUUAUUGUUUAUAUUUUUAUUAUACAUCAUCACUGUUUGGAUGAAACAUUGGCAAUGACUUUUUGGCAACAAAAUGAGCAAGAGCUGAUUGGUUUUUCUGCACAGUAAUGGGGUAUGGAUUUAAUGACUAAUCCAACAAUCAUGUUAUAAGUGGGUGUAUGCAGGGGGUAUUGGCAUCGAGUCUACAAGUCUCUGGAACCCACUGAAGUGAUGGACUCUCUCAACACUUACCGCCCCUUUGGUGUUGAAAUGAUUGUGGUGCAGAGAGCUGUCUCACACUUCUGUCAGGAAUCUCUCCUGGGUGUUAAGAUCUGUUGACUGGGGACAUGAUGCAUCAUUUAUCAUUCUCAUGAAACCACUGAGUGUUUCCUUGGGCCCUAUAGGUGGGGUUGUUGCCAUUCCUGGGGAGACUGUUUUCUUAAAAUUUACACAGCUGGCCUUCUCCUCUGGUGACACCCUAAGUAUGAGGAAUUCAAGAUGCUAUCAAUAGAAAUAUUUUAUGUGGUUGUGUUCAAAGUUGUGCAUCAAUUGUAUCUAGAGUACCCAUAAAUGUGUUAUGUAAGCAUUUAGCCAUUCCUAAGCUCGCAUUAACGCGUGACAAUUUUACACAAUACAACAGGGUCUGACUUAAAAACCAAACAGUCAAUCAUCAAGGUUGGUUUUUGACUAGCUGUUACAGGUUAACAGAUGUGUCUCAUCAUACUGUCAUUCCCUUGGAUUCCAAGUUGCUGAUCAAUCGAGACAAUCUAUCUUUUUAUGUUGAAACAACUUGUUAGCUGAAAUGCACCACAAUGAUUUUUAUAAAAGCAGCUAAACUUCUGAACUUGAACAUGGCAUCAGAGGAAAAUGUCAGCCAUGUAAAUAUGUUGAAUGAUUUAAAAAGCAGUAUUAUUUGUUCCUUUAAUGAAAUAAAGUGUGAUAAAGAAAUGUAAAAGAGUUUAAACUUGCAUUUCCUGCAGUCUAAAAGGUAGUUAACACAUGCUGAAUUGGUUUUUAAAGUGUUUUUUUUUUUUUUAAUUUCCUUUACAUUUUGGAAAUUCUAACCAUUGUGAUACAUUUUUUGCAAAUGCACAUAUUGGGGUCACUAUAAUUUAUUGCCGACCAUAGACUUACCUAAACUAUAACAGCACAAAAGGGCAGGAUACUUAUUUAAUUUAAUAUUCCUCCUCAUGAUCUAUGGUAGGAGUAAAACUCUGCACACUUCUGGAGCUGCUUUAAACUAUUCUGCUUCCAUCCUUUAUUUAGAGAGAUAAACCUCAAGGAGAUUUACAGCCAGAGGACUACCAGCAGUUCAAAGAUUUUGGAUCUGCUUGUCUCACUGGAGAUAAAAGUGCACAGCUCCUGACGUUCCUUCAGGAUAAGAAGAACCAGGUAUUUCCUCUCUACCACCAACACAUUUGACAUAGACAGCUUCUCUUUUUCGAGUGGCUGCGGUCAUACCUCAAAGAUAUGAAGUGACAGUAGAGUGACAGUGUUAAUCUGUCAAACACCAAUAUCAAAGCACAAACACAGUAACACCACAGCCUCCUGAGCAACAUCAGCCUCACAGUUAUUGAAGUGAAUAGCAGCAGAAGCCACUUUUCUGCAACUAUCUACUACAUUAACAUGCAGCCAGCUCUCAGUGCCUGCUGCAGCCUCUUGACCUGGAGGUGUGGGGAGGAAACAAGCAGAUAUUCAGUCAGAUUUCUCGCUCCACUGAUAACCCUCUUCAAUACCGCACUCCUCUAAGUGCCCUUGGUUGUCCCUUCUCUCCACACGCCACUCCACGCUCAGUUGUGAACAACAUACUUUUAAAGACGUGUGUUAUUUCUUACUUUUUUCUAAGACUGGAACAAUCUCAAGGGGCUGAUAUGACUAACAAAUCAGAAAUCUAUGGCUCUGUAUUUAGACAUAGAGAACCAGACUAGACACAAGUAACAUUAAUUGUGGUCAGAGCAAAUUGUGAGCAUCCAUGUUUGAUUGUCAGGACAGAAAACAUAUCAUGGUCAUCACUUAAUGUUAUUUGUGUAUUAAUGUAUGCGUUCAAGAAAUCCCCUCAAGUUGAGAUGCUUAGAUUUAGACAACCCACUCACAACACAGUAUCCCAUAUACUGUAUAUACUAUAUAGUAUGUCAGCUUUUAAACAGAUUGAUGUGGCUUGAAGAAGCAUAUUGCAUUACUACCUUUGUGCCUCUAUUGUUUAAAAACUGAUAUGCAUCUAUAACUGAGAAGUGUUCUUUUUUAAGAUCACAGGUGGUAAAAUCAGAGAAAUCUAAAAUGACCAUGCAAAGUUGUCAUAAAAUGAUGACAAAUACAAGAUUUUGCAGAUCAUAUUUGAGAACAAACUUUAUCUCUUGGUCAGGCUGUUUGUGAUAUUGAGAGACUGGGUGGAGAUGGUGGUGAUAUGGAGCAUGUUCUCAGGAUGUGUUUGGUAUCAAAAAACAUAUAUUGUAUAAAUGAAGAUAAUGGCAACAAAUUGUUAAUGCACUUAAAAUGCACAAAUAUUUACUUAGGGUAUCUUAGGCAUGUCUGUUUGAAUACAAAGCAAGACGUUUUAAAGAAGAAAGACAUGCAGAAGGAAAGAAACAGCCUGACUUAACUUCUCUUGUUACCACUGAAUAUAACUCUGCUCUCUUACACAUAGGGGCUUGUGAAGACCAUGGGGUGUGUUCUCAUUGAACCUCUUGUUAAAGAAGAGCUUAAAAAAGGGAAAAGUCUUGAUCACUGCCAGGCUGCCAUCACACAUCUGACGGGGGUAGGUACAGAAGAUUUAUCCAUACUACAGCAAGAUUUCUUUACACUGGCUUUAAAUAUUGUUUUAAUGUUUAGACCUGCAGCCCAAAUGAACUCCUACACAGCUUAGUUGGACUAACUGAAGACAUCAAUCCAGUCGCAAUUUCUGAUACCAUCAUAGCCCUGAUUCCACAUCUUCAAACAGGUGAUACGACCCACACAGAUUACAAAAACUUUCACGCUAAACAUGCUAACAUAACAUAUGGGUAGAGCCUUUAUCAUCCUUUGGUGUUCAAUGGCAGGUUAAAGAAAAGGCUGUGUCUCUGUUUUUGCUGAAAUAAUAGUGCAAAUAUCGUGACAAAGAUGCUUUCAUAGAAAAAUAGCUUUUUAAAAAAAUUCAAAUAUUACUUUGUCAAACAGUUCAAGAGCAGACUGCUGCCUAUCCAGCUGUGGCUGGUUAGGUAUGCAUAGCUUCCUAAUUUCACAAUGCCACCAUUGGGACUUAACUCAAAGCAUUAACUCAGCAUUGACUCUGUCAUUGAGCCUUUUAUAACUGCACAUACUUGACAGCAUAACACUGAAUUCAUAAUAUCAAAGAUAAGUGCAGAUCGAAUUGGCCAACACAUAUAAUCACCAGGCUCCAGACACAAAGCAUGAAGGGCUACAUUAACUCUAAUUAUACAUUACAGACAAAUGUAAACCCUGUUAGUAACAUGCCUUUCUUUUUAGUAAAACCUGAAAGUUCAACAUAUCAUUUCUUUAUGGCUUCAUUAGAUAAAGUUAAUCAUCUGUCAAUGGAAUUCAAGUGUUACGACUGUAGAUAUACUGGUUCACUGGGAAUAAGCAAGUAGUUAUUUUCAAGAAGUGGUGUUGGGCUCCCUCUGCUGUGCAUUAAUGUCAACUACAACCAUCCUCUCUUCAUAUAGUGCUUCUUCAGCUGAAGGACAGAAAGGCAGCAGGUUUGGGUUUGGCUCUCUCUGCUCUACAGAAGCAGCUGUCUCGGCUGCCUGUACCUUACACCCAGCAGCAGGAGGAGGCAGAUGAGUAUGGUGUGUGUCGCUGCUGCAACGCCUUGGUUGCAUUCACUCGACCAUUCAUGGAGGAGGUGAAAAGUAAAAAUGGAAACUGUGUUACAAACUCCGAGGAUGAGGAGAUGAGGACUGAGCUGCUGAAGUUGUAGGUUUCCAUCUUUACUAGGCAGAGUAAUGGGAUGUAACAAAUUAUUUAUUCUUUUUAUUUUAUCAGUUUUAAAUUCAAUGUUAUUCCUUUUCUAGCUGUAGCUAUGGUCAACAGAAGCCUUAAAAUUUUCCUUUAAGAAGUAAUCUCUGAGGAGAGGUAUGAUAUCAAAAUGUCAAAGUGUUAAUUCUGAUCAUCUGCAGCUGCAUGUGGAGCUUGAGUGAGCCUUUGCUUGAGGCAGAACUGAACCAGGACAGACAAACAUCACUGUGGCUCUUUGCAACAAAGAUCAUGGUAAACGCACAUUUUCUGUCAGUGGAAAACAGGUUGAACAACUAUUUUAGUUUGAUUUCUUCAUCUGAGUAAGACUGGGAUAAGUAUUCAAACAUAAUACCCUGAUAUUUAUUUGCACUGAAAUUGAUGAGUUUUUGAAGAUCUGCAACUUUUCUUAGGGACCAUUAUCAUCUCUGUGUAUCAUUUUUCCUUCAGGUCCUUCUACUUGCUAUCCAGCCACCACUGUCAGAGCUGCUGUUCUUUAACUCUGUGAAGAAAUGGGCCCAGACAGACAGCACUCAGUCUAAAGAGUCAAGAGCUUGCCUGGCUUAUCUACUCUUUGUUCAGCUCAUAUGUAUAGAUAGUUUUCCAGCAGUUUUCAGGUAUGGUAGGCAACUUUUGCUAUUGAAAGCAAUAAAUCUUCUCACUAAUGAUGCAUUAUUACACACAGAAAAACACUGUAAAUAUAAAUGUCAAUCAUACUCUCCCUGCAUCUAUAGUCCUGUGUUUGUUCUUCAAUGCAACAUGGAAAACAUCAAUCAGCUUCUCAGUAGGUAUGUCCUGGAAACAUGAAGUCAUCAUUUUACAUUGAUUGAUUUCUUUAUGUCUUUAAUGAUCUUUUUCUUUAACAGCAAAAAGGAAUCACACUUGCUCAAAGGACUGGUGAGGACACAUGAAUACCAAUGCAGAAAAAUUCACAGUAGAUUAAGUUAGGUAUGAAGCAGAGACUGGGAGUAAUUCUUCAGGGAUUUUGAUUGGUUGUUUCCUCUUAGGCAUUGUCUGCUAAGAGCUUGGAGAAUGUGCAGGACAACAGUCUUCCAGUAAGUCUGCUGGAGCUGAGGAGCUUCAGUAGCAUGCCACAGGUAAGACAUGAAAAUGCCUCUAAUAUGGAUGUUAUGAUAUGUAAGACUGGGAUAAGUAUUCAAACAUAAUGCCCUGAUAUUUUUUUGAAGAUCUGCAACUUUUAACACUGGCUGACCGAAGUAAAAUGUUAAAGUAAUUGAAAGAAAACUCCAAGACAGUUUGAAGGUAAUCUUGUAUAAAUGUAAAAAAAAACAAAAAACACAUUGAUGUUGAUAUUGAUCGGCUACGACAGGUUUGACCUAAAUAUCUGAACAACACCAACUAAUUUUGUGAUCUGCAGCUGUUGUUGAACUUCUACUUUUGACUAAUUACUGACUUGUGCUGUCCUUUAAUGAACAGAACCUGCGGCAAGUUCUCACUGACUGUCCUAUCAAACAUUUGGUGAGUGUUAAGCUUGAGCAGCUGCUUUUCAUCAUUCUUUCACAUGAUACUUAACCCAUAAGUUAACUAAUUAAUGUGACUAUGUCACUACCUUCCUUAGAGAGAAUCAGGACUGAAGGUCCUCCAGCUCUUCAUUAACAAAUUAGACACUGAAGCAAAAUACAAGUUCUUCAGGUAAGUCAUCAGGAGAAAGGAGCACAAAAUGUUUUUGUUUAAUAUACAGUACUUAUUACACUAGCCCUUUUAUAAACUGUAGCUGUUAGUUUCUAAUUAUCUUCUGAUUUACACUUUUUCUACAUCAUAUCAGUUUAUGGAUAAUAACCUACAAUGAUAGAAAGAUGCACAUGUUUAUUUACUUAACCACUGUGUAUCUUCUCUUGAAUUCUUCUUUUCAUUGCUGUAUAUUUCACACAUCUACUUGAGUCCUUUUUUUUUUUUACAGUUGUUUUAUAAUCUCUUGCAGGUACAUGUUAAAAACCAGCAACCACGCAGGAGUAGAGAGUUACAUCAUAAAAAAUAUACGAGAUCAGGUUGAGUUUUCUAUGCAGGUGAGAUGAAAUACAUUUGAUGUCUGACAAGAUUAAUUUUAAUAACCUGGUGAUUUUAUCUGACGGUGAUGAAGUAUGAUUUUCUCCCCUACAGCCAGGCAAUGCCAAUAAAUGGUUCCUGGGAGAGGACCUUCUCUCUUUGUUGGGGCAGGUGUUGUGUCUACCACAAGAGGCUAAUUCAGAUUUGCUAACCAAUAUGGACAAGUAAGUAUACCCCAAUUUUUGCUAUGCUAGAGGCAAUGCAGUCACACAGCCAAAGGCAUGCUGUUGUGUACAUUAAAGAUGCAACUUUAGACAUGUAUAUUUAGCAUGUUUUGGCCUUCAUUGACAGUAAAAAACAUAUGCAGCUGAAAUAAUAGCUGUAUUUCUUUGAAUGUGAAGCACCUUAUGUAUAAACAUAGUAUGAGUGUUUACACUGCAAGGCUGGAGGGCUUUUACCAUAUCAGUCCUUUUGUACUGGAAAUGUAGUAAAUGAUCAAACUAAAUAUUUCCUGUGAUGGCUUUAUUUGAAACUUAUUUUGGUCCUGCACAGCCUUUUACAAAUUUUCUUAGGGACCAUUAUUGUAUUUGCUCUUGAUAUGUACGUCGAAGCUCUGUAAAUAAUGGUUGCUGCUUAAUGAUACCCACCAUGAAGCUGGUCAAUUAUGCAAAAGCCCAAGUCAAGUUAAGAUAUAGUGAAAAUCUUUGGCUUUUUGCAAUUUUGACGUUAGUGCAGCAAUUUAAAUACAAAGGCUAAAUCAUUGCGGAAGAAGGACACUUGAUCCAGACUGAGAAAUUUAGCAAUGCCCUGUCUGUUUUUUCCAGAAUAAUGGAGAGUUUAAAUCUUCUACGCUACCUACUUCUCAGAGACAAAGAACUAAAGAACAAAGUAAGUCAUUCAAACUUGAAACUUUCACCAACCAUUUGUACAAGUUUAUGCAGAAAGCUAAUCUACUUCCACCUUUAGACAGGUGUGUGGGAAGAGCUGUGCAGGAUCAAGGAUGAAUACCUCAAAAUGCUGCGUGUGUGUGUCAGCAUAUCAAGAGGAUAUUAUUCUGCUGAGCUGAAAGCACUGAGGGAGGAUCAGAAGCUAAAGGCAAAAGGUAGGUAUUAUCUGCUUUCCUGUAUGGUGAAAUAAUGCUACAAUGGCAAAUGGAGACACUCUGCUACACUGUUUUCACCCUGAGAACAUUCUAUUUUCCUUUCCUAGAAGCCAGAGAUGCUGCUCGAUCAGCCAGAUUAGUAAAAAGCUUAGCUGUGAGACAUGAAAAAGUGCCCGACAUGUCCUCAGAAGUCCAGAACCAGGUACAGAAACAAUUUUUUCUCAUCGACUAAAAUUUGUUAACAAGUGUUUUCAGGACUUAAGCUGACUGCUGUCAUGUGUUGCAGGUGUUGCAGAGUGCUUUAGUGACUUUUGACCUGAUGGAAAGUCUUAUAUUCCGGAUUGAGGAGAUCACUGAAGAAAAACUCAAGGUUUACAGAUGAACUACUCUCUACAACUGCAAAUGAUCAAUGGUAUCCCUGUUCAGAAAACCAAACAUUGUAAAUAUUUAUUAGAACUAUCCUAGCAUUUUACCUUUAUCUGUACCAUCAUCAUAAGUAACCAUGAACAAGUUUGAUUGAAAAUUCAUCUUCAUCUUAAUUUUUUUCAAAAAGAAAUGAUGAUAUGGCAUCCUGAUAUGGGACUUCAUACACAUAUUAUCAAAAACUCACCUUUUGAUGGGAGAAUUGUCUGUUACUUCGACAAAUAUCUGAAGGAGUUCUAAAAUGUGUGAAUUAAUAUCAUUCUUUCAUCACUGUUCUUUG